AUGACCGAAGAAGUUGAAACGGUAGAUUUGACACCACAAACAAAAAGUUCAGAACCAUUGUCAAAACCCGUCAAAGAACUUACAGAUGAAGAGAAAAAUUCAAUAAUAGAAAGUGCCAGGUCUGGAAAUACAAACCCUAACUAUAAAGUCACUUUUCAUAGAAAUGGAACGGCUAGUAUCUCAAAAAAGAAACAGACUCUCACAAAUAAAAUAUUGAAGUCUGAAGGAGCUUUCGAGACAACAGAUGGAAAAGUUUACUUCACUGACCAACAGUUCAUUAUAGAACAUCUCAUUGACUUAGAGUCGAAAUAUUCUAAACUUUACAACAAACACAAAAAG